AUGCAUCAGUCAUGCAGGACGUUUGGAAACCUAACCAAGGAAAUAUUUCUGAAGAAAACUGGCGGACGGAAACACUGCGAUUUCAUGCAACCCUCGUUUGUCAAAAGCCCAUCGGAAAUGUCGGUCCUAAUCCCCUUGCUGGAAGUGAAUUCAAAGCCAUCAGUAUUGUUUACGAAACGAUCCAUUCAUUUGAAGAGUCAGUCGAAUGGAAAAGGGAGAAUCUAUCGAACAACUCUCCGAGAAACUCACGAAGAAAUCGGCGUGGAGCCGAAAUCAGUGGAACUAUGGGGCCAUCUGAAGCCGGUGUUCACGCGAACGAUGACCUCAACGGUGGUGCCGAUAGUUGGAUGUAUCGGUCUCGAUGCAUUAAGAAGUGAACGCGUCAAUAGAAGAGAGGUACAAACGCUAUUUUCUGUUCCACUGGAAGAACUGUGUCGUUCCACAGGCUAUACUCGAUUUUUGUCGAAGAAGUUCGAGUACACGUUGCCGGUCUUUUUCAGCAGGAAUUUCACGGUCAUCUCACAUAACUCAGAAGAGUUCCUACCGCGUGAAUUCCGUAUCUGGGGUCUUUCCGCGAUUAUGCUUCAUCAGCUACUUCUCAUCAUAGCGCCAGAGAGCUACCAGGAUACCCUGCGAAUGCCAUUCUACUAA